AUAAUGUGCUAAUGUCAAUACCGGGACAAGCAGAUAGUGCGCCCGUGCGCCCGGCGCACUACUGGCGGCGUCUGUUCUGUGAGUCUAAAGCGAAGGCGAACAAGCGCGAGCUGUCGCGCACGGCCGCGGUGGUGACGUCACUGGCCGCCGGCGCCUGCGCCGGGGCGCUCGCCAAGACCACCAUCGCCCCCCUCGACCGCACCAAGAUACACUUCCAGAGCUCUGAAACGCCGUACUCGGUUCGCGCGGCGUUCUUGUUCCUGAAGCAGUCGGUCCGCGCCGCCGGCGUGCCCGCGCUGUGGCGCGGCAACAGCGCCACCAUGGCGCGCAUCGUCCCCUACGCCGCCAUACAGUUCACCGCGCACGAGCAGUGGAAACGGGCGCUAGGGGUCGACACGCCUGCUAUGGCCAAGCAACACAAAGUCCGGCACCUGGUAGCGGGCUCGCUGGCCGGCGUGACGUCACAAUCGGCCACCUACCCUCUCGACUUGGCGCGGGCUCGCAUGGCGGUCACCAGCGCGUCCACCUACCCCACCAUCGCCGACGUGUUCCGUAAGGUGGCCACUCAGGAGGGGCUGCGGACGCUGUACCGGGGCUACCCGGCGACCGUGCUGGGCGUGGUGCCGUACGCGGGCGUCUCCUUCUUCACCUACGACACGCUCAAGAGGAAAUACUUCGAAUACUCCGGCAAGCAGCAGAGCAGCGUCCUCAACGUGGCGUUCGGCGGCGCGGCCGGCGCGCUUGGCCAGACCUCCUCCUACCCGCUCGACAUAGUGCGGCGACGCAUGCAGACCGCCCCUAGGCGACCAGACGGGUCCUACCCCUACAAAAACAUCUCCAGCGCCAUCAGAGAUGUGUACAGAGCGGAGGGCUGGCGCGGGUUCUUCAAGGGCCUCAGCAUGAACUGGGUGAAGGGCCCCGUGGCCGUCGGGAUCUCCUUCGCCACCUACGACAAGAUCAAAACCACCCUCCGGGAGCUGGCGCUCACGCUGCAGUAGCCAUUACUAGGAGUACGGUAUCAUUGUCGGCAUCUCAAGUUUUAUGAACUCUUGAAGUUUUCUGCUCCCUCCAAUAUCAUGAAAAAAAACCGGACAAGUGCCAGUCGGACUCGCCCACCGAGGGUUCCGUACUUUUUAGUAUUUGUUGUUAUAGCGGCAACAGAAAUACAUCAUCUGUGAAAAUUUCAACUGUCUAGCUAUCACGGUUCGUGAGAUACAGCCUGGUGACAGACGGACGGACGGACGGACAGCGGAGUCUUAGUAAUAGGGUCCCGUUUUACCCUUUGGGUACGGAACGCUAAAAAUCGGCCAAGAGCAUGUCGGGCCAUGCUCAGUGUACGGUUUCGUAGUUACCAUUCCGUCAAAAUAGGCUAAACCGGGGCUAU